CAUCACUAUGUCUUCUCACAAGGAGUACCUCGUGAUGCAAGAGAUGCGCUCCCUCUACGGUAUGCGAGGUCUCGAGGUCUGCGCCAGCAGCCAUCCUUCUAAUCCCUUAUACCUCUGCAAAAGCCCUUCUACCUAUACCCCUCACAAGAACAUUUUCGCGAUCGGAGCCACCGAUCUGGAACACAAGUUUGUGGCAAUCUUCGAGGAUGAACUUUAUAAUAAUAUUGUCUCGGCCAUUCACACUAUACUACCGGAUUGCAAUUGGGGACUCAACGUUCUACGGCUCGGUUUUGAUAUUAAGCGUCUCAAGAACCCGAUAACUAUUCACAUUAUUGUGGCCGAUAAAGCCCUUUUCGAGGAUGCUGCCUACAACAUUAUCUCGAUGAUCCUUAAAGUUAUGAUAGUAGUAGGCCUCGAUUCGAGCGAGAAAGAUUCGAUCUACGUUAAUGUCUGCCGCACAUCCCGGUCUGAUAUCGACUUGUGCUUUGUCCUUAAUAGAAACCCCGAUGUCUACAACUCCCCUACCCGGCUACUAUACUUAUCAAUCGGCCCCGUAGAUAUCAAUUCCGUGGGUACCCUCUCUAGAUACAUCUAGUAUUGCGAUAAGGAUGGCCG